UGCGGAAGUGUGCACGGUGUAAACAGUCCAGUCGCCCGAGUAGUGUCACGAAUGAAAAGUCUCCCGUUUGAAGCGUAAACGUGUGCGGGCUGUCUGCGGCCAUCAUGCCUUAUCUGGGCAGUGAGGACACGGAGAGGGAGCUGAGGAGAGCUCUCUCCAACCCCAACGUCCAGUCUGACCAGCUGCGCUACAGGAACACCAUCCUCAAAGUCAUCAGGGCGAUGUCACAGGGCGUGGAUGUAUCCGGCCUCUUCAGCGAGAUGGUAAAAGCCUGUGCCACAGUCGACAUAGUGCAGAAGAAACUGGUCUACGUCUUCCUGUGUUCCUAUGCCGCUUUAAACCCAGAGCUGUCCCUGCUAGUCAUCAACACGCUGAGGAAAGAUUGUCAGGAUCCAAACCCCAUGGUCCGCAGCCUGGCCUUGAGGAACAUGACCAACCUCAGGUUGCCCAGCCUGGUGGAGUAUGUGGAGCAGCCACUGACUGCAGGACUGAGGGACAGAGCAGCUUGUGUGCGGCGAGUGGCGGUACUCGGCUGGGCCAAACUCCACAACCUCCAACCCAGCUCUGAGAUUGACGCUGCAGUGGUGAACGAGCUGUACGGCCUGCUGAGGGACCCAGACCCCGUGGUGAUGGUGAACUGCCUCCGAGCGCUGGAGGAGAUCCUGAAGGAGGAGGGAGGAGUCGCUAUUAACAAGCCUAUCACCCAUCACCUCCUCAAUAGGUUGAAGGAGUGUGAUGUUUGGGGUCAGUGUGAGGUGCUGAGGAUCCUCCAGCGCUACCGGCCUCAGUCCGAGGACGAGCUCUUUGACAUCCUGUCCCUGCUGGAUGCCUCCUUGGUCAGCCCUCACCCCCUAGUCAUGGCUGCUACUCUCAGCCUCUUCCUCAGCCUCUGCCCUGGCCUGCCUGCUGUCAGUCUGGCGGCCCUGGAGCGAGUACGUGGCCCCCUGCUGGCCGCCUGUGGGAGCGUGUCCAGAGAGAUGAGGUUUACGGCCCUGUGCCACAUACAGCUGCUGUUGCGUUCCCUCCCUGGCCUAAUGGGAGCCCACUACAAACGAUUCUUCUGUGGCUAUGCUGAGCCAGCUUACAUCAAGCAAAGGAAGAUGCAGGUGUUGGUGGAGCUGGUGAAUGAUGAGAAUGUAUCAAUGCUACUGGAUGAGCUGAAAGGAUACUGCACUGAUGUCAACACUGACACUUCCCAGGCGGCAAUCUCAGCUAUAGGUCGUAUUGGACGGAGCUACAGUGAUCGCUGUCUAGAGAUCCUGACUGGAUUACUUGCACUCAAACAGGAGCACAUCACUUCUGCGGUGGUGCAGACAAUGCGUGACCUGGUCUGGGUGUGUCCUCAGUGUAGUGACACUGUGUGUUUGGCUCUUGAGGGCUGCGAGGAGACGCUGCAGGAUAGCCAGGGCAGGCAGGCCUUGCUGUGGUUGCUGGGUGUGUAUGGGGAGCGGAUCUCCAGUGCCCCCUACACAUUGGAGGUGUUCAUUGAUGGAGUGAGGAGCGAGGCCUCUCUGGGAGUCAAGAUGGAGCUUCUGACAACCACAAUGAGGCUGUUUUUGUGCCGGCCUGCCGAGACCCAAGACAUGCUAGGAAGACUUCUGCACUACUGCAUAGAGGAGGAUACAGAUAUGUGCAUACGUGACCAAGCACUUCUCUACUACCGGCUGUUGCAUUGUGGGAUAGAAGAGACACGAAAGGUCCUCCAUGGUCGGAGGUCAGACCCUUCCCUGGGUGUUCUGAUUGGCCGCCCCGCAGAGCCCAUCAGCCAAUGGGCAUGCAGCUUUAACACUCUGGAGCCUCUGAGACACGGAACCAUAGAGACAGAGUCAGCCAGCAGAGGAAGCCCUGAACAUGUGACCUUUCACCCCAAGCCAAACACUGACCUCUCAGACACACUGAACUCUAGCCAAGUUCAGAAGUUUCAAACAGACAGUGCCAGUCAGUGCACAGAAUCCUCUGCUGAUGUCCCAGCUUCCAGCGUCAUGGCCCCUCUGAGUUUGUCCCUGUCCCCAGCUCUCAGCCCAGAGGAGUUUGAGCGCCUGUGGCUGGAGCGACAGGUUUUGCAUGCUGAGAAAGGUGCUGAGAAAAUGGAAGAGGAGGAUUAUGUGUGCUUGGAAGAAUGGAUCCAGAGCACUGCGAUACCUCACUGUUCACCACAAAGCCUUCAGGCAGCGAUGCAGCUGGUCAAUAUCCAGACGCUGGCCUUCACACCACCACACACACUCCCCUGGAGGGUCUACCUGUACACACACGCCCAGCAUGCACGCUCUGGCGACGCUCCCCAGAGCACACUCAUACUGGGGGAGCUGCUGUGCACUCGAGAGGCAGAUCAGAGAGGCGUAGUUAAGAAAGGCGUGUGUGAUGGAGAGGUGGUGGAGGACAGGGAGGAGGAGCAGGUGAAAGAGGGAGAGGAAGCCACAUCUGACAGGAUGAGCAAGAGAGAGUCUGUGAGAAAAGGGGGAGAAGGGGGGGAAGUAAAAGUGACUCUUAAGCAGCAACCAAGAGACGACGAAGCACUGAAGGGGUUUCUCUGCAUUCUUACCACGUUACUGCACACGCUGUCUUCAGAGAGAAAUUAAACAUGCGUGACAGACACACAUGAGGACGCUCGUCCCUUCAGCAGACCUGUAGAGUACCAGAAAUGCCCUCACUUUGCAAACAUUUCACUGUGACUUGUUCGGCUCAACAGAUGUACCACAGGACAGCACGCCUGGACCACAUGCAGGCAGAAGGCACCUCGCACAUUUGAAGCUGUGUCAGCUGAGAGAACUGAUGUGAGAGUGGAGUCUUUACCGGAGUGAAAAGUGGUUCAACAAGACCGCAUUCAGUAAAGACAGAAACUCCCCGAGGGCCGCAAAUCAGCACAGCUGGCUCACAGUCAAGUGUAAUAAGUAGAGUAGUUCCGCUUAGGUAGGGUUUGGCCUGAUGGGGGCGCUAUGGUGGACUGUGCUCUGCACCAAAAUCAACUGUGUUUUUUCCUCAUGAGACUGAGAGAUAAUAAUGUUUAAUGUGGAAAUAAGCACCUCACUCACUGACAAGAUGCAGAGCCAGAGAUUAGAGGUAAUGUUUGUUAGCUGUUGUUAGGACCUCCCAGAUGUCUAGCCUUACCCUUGAAUGCUGAUUUUACGGAUUGCUGUGUACUUUGGAGGUUAUCGUGAUAAUAGACGCAAACGCACGCACUGACUGAAAAAAUAAAGUUCCUCCUGCGUUGUCCU